AUGCUUUCCCAGCAACUGGCAGAGCUAACUGUGCAAACCAAGUUGAUAAUAUGGGAUGAAGCCCCAAUGAUGCAUAAAUUCUGCUUUGAAGCCCUUGACCGAACUAUGCGGGAUUUGAUGCGCUUCAUAAAUCCAAGGAGUUCUGAUAUGACAUUUGGUGGUAAAACAGUUGUUUUGGGGGGCGAUUUCAGGCAAAUUUUACCAGUCAUUCCAAAGGGUACUAGACCGGAUAUAGUUCGAGCGAGCAUUAGCUCAUCCUAUCUCUGGAAAUCCUGUAAAGUCCUAAGGCUUACUAAGAAUCUACGUUUGAAAAGUGUUCAAUCAGAAAACGAGUGCAAGGAGAUCGAGGAAUUUGCAAAAUGGAUAGCUAAUAUAGGUGACAGAAUUAUUGGGUGUCAACUUGAUGGGGAGUCCGAGAUUACUGUUCCAGAAGAUUUGUUGUUGAAGUGCGAAGAUGACCCUAUUGCUACAAUUGUUGAUAGCACUUUCCCUAAUUUCCGACUGGGAAUUGCCGAUUUGUCAUAUCUUAAUCAUAGUGCAAUUUUAGCUCCAACAUUGGAUGUGGUAGAUGCCGUUAACCAAUACAUGAAUGAUCAUAAUCCGGCUGAGGGUAAGACAUACUUGAGUUGUGAUUCUGUGUGUAAGUCAGAUGCCAAUGUUGACAUGUUAGCGGAUUUGCACACUCCCGAAUUCUUGAAUGCCUUGAGAUGUUCUGGAGUACCAAAUCAUGAUUUGACAUUGAAAGUUGGAUCACCUGUUAUGCUAUUGUGA